GCGUGAACUUCCGGAAAUGUUUCUAUUGGCUGAAGGGGUCGGGAGGGUAAAAUUGAAAUAAAGGUCCACAGAAACAGACGCCGAACUUCGCUCUUUUGUCCUGAUUCCUCCUUUUUGUCCGAUCUGGGAUCAACAUACUCGACCAGUCUAUGUUAUGGCCGACCACACGGACAUACAUAUGACUCCAGGGAGGUCUGCGGUACAAAACCCAUUUGAGAGUCCCAAUGACUACCGCCACCUCCAGGAACCUCUGGUGCCAAGUCCCUCUGUGUUCAAGUCCAGAGCUACUCCUACCAAGUUUACCUGGAAUGUUGAGGAACUGGCCAGUCUGUUCCCAGUGGACAUUGACCCAGAAGAAAUCCAGAGACAAUCGUUUUACCUCAGCCAGACAAGGGCGGAUUCCGACAUUGAAGAAAAGCGUCAGAAUGCUAUAGAACAGUUCUUUACCAAAGGAGCCAUCGUGCCCUCCCCGUGGUCCGUGUCAGAGACCCGGAAAAUCCCUCUCAUGUAUAAGAAAAGUCCACUGUCUCCGAUGAUAACAGAGGAGCCAGAAAAACACUCGGUUUCCUGUCAGACAACCCUCUCGCUGCCCCUGGCCCUUGAUUUGGAGUCUCUUCUAGGGGAGUACUACCGCAGCGAGGAAAUGGCGUGCGACGCUGUCCAGGAGAGCCUCAGCUCCUCCUCCUUAAGACGCAAGCUCUUCCUGGAUGGCCAGGGCGCUUUCAGCAGCUCCGACGGCUCCAGUCCGCCGACCCCGGACCGAGGUCCGACCCAGGAAGAGAGGCUGCUGUUGAAGCGACACGAGGACGCCGCACAAGACUUCAAAGGAGCCGCUUCGUCCAGCUUUGCCUCCCCUUUGUCUUGCAACGUGACAGCCUCAACGCCCUCUACGGCUCAGUUCUCCUCCAGUCCCAUCCAGCGUGGCCGCUUUCGGGACUGCAGCCUGGGCAGCUUGGCCAGCCCUGUGUUCCCUGACAGGUCGUCCCCUGCCAGCAUGAGCUCCCCCACCAUUUCGCCUAUUCUUGCACAUACGCCCAAAGGUUCAGCCGAGUGGAAACAACUGCGCAAUUUAACGCCGCACGGCGUGACCGUGGACAUGGACACGCCCUCCUGCGCCAAGAGUCCCUUCGUGGAGGGCUGCUCUCCCAUCCGUAGCUGUUCUCCACACCAUCUCCGCAUCCACCCGGACCUCCAGCAAUGCGCCCGAUCCAAGCCCAGGUCCAGGUUCCGUAGCUGGGGCUCCCCGCCUCUCAUCUCGCCCGUCCUCAACCCCAGGCUUCCCGACAGCCAGGAUUCAGAGGACCUGACACACUCUUCCUCCUCGUCCGCUCCCACAAACGACGUCGAUCCAUCCUCGUCUUUGGAUCAGAACACCUGCUCUCCUGGGAGGGUCAGCUUGGGACUUCUGGAGCCUGUGAAAACCGAGCCUGAUCGGGAAAUAAGGAUGGAGGGCCAAAUCGGGGAGGAGGAUGAAGAAGCGGACAAUGGCGUCCUUUCAGGACAGCUGACAAGUUCUCGAAUGGUCAACACGUCAGCCACGGAAAGCUCUCAGAUGUUUGUGUCUCUCCUGGGAGACGGGAGCAGCAUACGCUACGAUUCCAGCAUGCAGGUGGACAGUGGGUACAAUACUACCUCAGGUGUGCAGGUGGACAGCGGGUACAACACUACCUCAGGUGUGCAGGUGGACAGCGGGUACAACACUACCUCAGCAGGUGCCAGCAGUCUCAUUGACGGCUUGGGCUCCGACUGGCCCGGAAAGGAGUCCUUCACUUCCAACUUCCCAGACGACGCCUUCCACCUCACCAGAACCUCAAAAGUGAAGGCGCGGUUUCCUCAUCACUGAAGGCCGCCAUGUGCAUCUCAUCUCUGGUAGGAAUGUUUGAUUUGCCGUUAAAGAAGCUUCCUCCAGUGGUUAGGACUUCUUCAGGGGGUCAAAGUUCAAGGUCAUCUUUGCUGUAUGUCGGCGGGAGCACGUGGAUGCUUGCUCACUGUUUUUUGUUUUGUUUUUUUUUGCUGCAAUGGAAUUCGGUGCUGACACAAUCAUGUUUGUAUUGUACAUUUUUACACAUUUUCAUAUAUAUUUAACUUUUUUUCUUAAACUACGUGAAUAUAAAGCUUAAAGAUUGUGGUGGAUUGUACAUUUAAAAUGUGAUAUAAGACUAUUUGAAGAGUGCCACUUGCGAUCCUUGCUGGAUAAUUAAAUGAACAUGAUUGUUUUUAGCUGCCUAAGAA